GGUGGGAAGGGAGCUUUGCGCACUGCCUGGUCCCACUGCUCUGCUCAUCAGGGUUACGCAGAGCGUGUUGCUGAGGGUUAUGUCCGCGCAGCUUUUGAAGAUCUCUAAGAAAGGAUGCUUCGCAACCUCUCUGGGUAGCCUGUGCCAGUGCUUAGUCACCAUCACAGUAAAUAAGUUUUUCUUCAUGUUCAAGUGGAACAGGUCCCUACGGUGCCAAAGGCUUGGGUCUGUUGUGUCGUGGUGGAGGUCGUUGCAUGGUGGAGGCAAACAGGAACAUCUCACUGGGGUUUCUGUAUUCCCUUGCUACAGUGGCUUUCUUAUCCAGCUCCUGUCUGUGGCCUUUUACAGACAGUGUUGAGUUUGGUGGCCAGCCUGAUACACCCUAAUUAAUGCAUAAAAUGACCUGGUACUCAAAUAUUUAAACAUUACCCAGCUCUUUCCACCCCACGAAGUCAUGAUCUUUAACUGCUGCGUGUUCAGGAAGUUUCAGCUAACUUGAGGCACUGACUGCCAGACUGUUCGGUUAAUUAUGCUGAUGUUGUUAAUCAUACAUAUUAAUGCUGCUUGUCUGCAUUCCGUACUCCUGUUGCAUUUUUGGAAUUGGUUUUCUGUUGGAAAGUCUUGUAAUGUUUGGAAACUGAUUGUUAAGUCUUGUUUUGAGAUAUGAUCCUGAAAGCUUAUUUUUGUGUUAGUGGUCCCAUGUACUAGGAUAAGUUUUUCUCUUUUCAUGUCCCAAGUGUGUAUGUGAGGUUUUGACUUGCACCCAAAGACAUAAGCAGUGGUGGAAAAUCAGUGAGGGAAAAGCAGAAGAGUAAAAGAAUAAUGGUUAGUGACAGCACACUGCUGUUCAAAUAUGAAUUUUGUGAGUAAGAAAACAGGAUUUUCUUCUUGUGUUUUCCCUUCCUCUUUCUUGCCUUCCUUCUUUGCUCUCUUCCACUUUUGCUUUAGUACAUUACUAAAACAAAGUUUACUAUAGUACUAGUAAAGAAUUUGCGGGCCAAUUGCAAGUCUUAAACGCAUUGCUUAAAUUGAGGGGUUUUUUUGUUCAUCUACACCUGUCUUUGGGAUGAUUGUGCUCAAUGACAACAGAGCUGAUGUUGUAACUGCAAUGAAAGUGAGUUGUGUAUAGUUUAGGAGGUGUGUACAGAUGACUUUUUUAAAAAGACUCACUUUAUUUUUUUCUUUUUGUUCCAGAUGGAAAAAAAAGAGUUCAUGGUUGCUAGUCCACAUAAUAGUGGAGGCUGAGUGGGCAUGAAGGAGAGUAUAUAGUGUGAGUGACAAGUCUCAAAUCCCCUGCAAGGCUUUUUUCUAUUAAAGGGAAAAAAAAUAAAUAAAGAGGAGGAAGACAUGAAUCCUACAAAUAAAGAUCAAGCAUUUGGGACCAUUUUUGACUGGGACUAUCUCUUAUGGGAAGUUCGUUUGACAUUUUUAGCUGCUGGUUUUUUAAUCUACCUGGGAGUAUUUCUUCUGUCUCACUGGUUAUCCUCCCGGAUGAGUACCACUUAUCGUGCCUUGUAUGCAAAGGAGAAGGUGUUUUGGAAUAUGGCAGUCACACGUGGUGCGUUUGGACUUCAGAGCUGUGUUGCUGGGUUAUGGGCUUUGCUCAUAGAUCCCGUUUUUCAUGCUGACAAGGUGCAUUCACAGCAAAAGUGGAGCUGGUUUAAUUGUUUAAUAGCUGCUGGAUUUUUCUUGCUUGAAAAUGUAGCUGUUCAUAUGUCCAACAUCGUUUUUAAAACAUUUGAUGUGUUCCUCGUGGUUCAUCACUUACUUGCUUUUGGUGGCUUAGCUGGUUUAGUAAUCAAUGUAAAAUCUGGACAUUACCUACCUUUGAUGGGAAUGUUGCUGGAGAUGAGCACUCCUUCAACCUGCAUUUCCUGGAUGCUUCUAAAGGCUGGCUGUGCAAAUACCUUUUUCUGGAAGGCAAAUCAGUGGGUAAUGAUCCACCUGUUUCACUGCCGCAUGAUUCUCACUUACCACAUGUGGUGGGUGUGUAUUUUCAACUGGAAUUCUGUGGUAGAAAACCUGGGACUUCUCCAUUUUAUUGUUUUAUUCUCUGGAUUAUUUGCUGUUACAUUAAUACUUAACCCAUACUGGACAUACAAAAAAACUCAGCAGCUCCUCAGCCCAACUGACUGGAACUUCGAAAAUAAAGCGACAGAAAAUGGAAAGUUAAAUGGUGAAACAUCCCAAAAGAAGAGGAUGUGACACCAGAACAUCUGUUUCCUAGUGUGAUAUUGGACUACAGCAGAAGAAUACACUGCAAACUAAGUGGCCCAUGAAAUCAAAGCUUCUGCAAGAAGCUCAUUGAUACAGACAUUCCUUGCUGUUAGUAUUCAGAAUGCAUCAGUGGUAUUUAAAAAUGUUGUCUGUAUUUCAUACGUACAUAUUCAUAAAUCUUCAUCUUAGCAAAGAGUUAUGCCAAUGGUUUUGUCUGUACUUCGAUAGUAUUUCAUGGUUUAGCAAUGACAUGCUCUAAUGAUAUCCUUCAUCCUAAUGCUUCAAAGUGGCUUUAUUGCUAACUUGUCCACUAAUCUUAGCUUGAAUUGAAUUUAGCUUUAUUCUCAUUUCACGUAUGUUGGAAAUACUGCUACUGAAAAUAACGUUGAGAAGAUUAAGAUCAAUUCUGACCUCAAAUAGGUGUGAUGUGGAUACCUGUGUGCUAUUAAAUAUUUCCCACUGGAUGAAUUAGUCAAGUGGCAGAAUGUAGUCAUGGCUCAGUUUGUGGGUCUUUCCUUAAGUGCACUUGAUGAAAAGGGAGAGACAGUUAAGUGUUUGCUAGCAAAAGAAAUUGUAGUACCCAGGUUGCCUUCAGUAUGAGACUUCAUAUCCACAGCAAACAUGCACGUGGUGAGGAGUGAGAGCACCUGCUCAUUGUGCUGCUGGUCAUGCUAGGUAAUCAUAGUGGUCCUUUCUGGACUUGAAAUCUAUGAAAGACAAGAGUCAAUGAUAAGUUUGUUGGGUGAUUGGUAAGAUUAUCUUCUUUGUAGGUCACAAAUGAAUAAAUGUGCAAUUAGUUCCA